AAUGGAACCCAACAAAAACAGUCAAAUAUACAUUAGAAAAAAGAUCUAUAAUAUUCUAAGAGAAGCCAUUGUUUAGGACACUCACAACUUGACAGCUAAGGAGAUGUACUUAGAAGACAAGAAUCAAUUUGAAGACUACACUAGAAUUUAAACAAAGAAAUAUGCUACAUGA